AUGGAUAGGAAAGAUGAGGAGGCAGACAAGCUGGCGGCCGUCGGAAAGAUCGAUGCUGCAUGGUUUAGGCAGUGGACGAGGAUUUGGAAUUUGAACUGCUUUAGGUAUCAACAGGUGAAUAUGGGGCUCUUCUUGGCAGGCUCCAUGUUCAACCACUCGUGCGAGCCAAAUGCACUGUACCAGACGUUCUCCGGGAAACCAAAGGCCAGUUUCCGAGCUGUGCGUGAUGUGGCACUUGGUGAGGAGUUGACUGUGGACUAUACCACGCUAAGCGACCCAAGCGCGGAAGCACGACAACGCCAAUUGGAGGAUGAGAAACUGUUCAAGUGUGGAUGCUCUCGGUGCAUUGGUCCGGAUUUCUCAAGGAGCAUGCCGUGCCCAAAGGAGGGAUGUGGUGGAGUGGUGGCUCCCAAGCUCACGUGGCUCACAUGGCAGUGCUCCAAGGGCCACAGUUUCAAAGACUCAGAACUGCCAGUGAAAGAAGAAAGAUGGAUAUCAGCGUUGGUCAUUGACCACGACCUCCGCCAUUCUAAGUACACCCACGAGCAUUUCGUGGCGACUUUGCUGUUGGCCCUGGACACGCUGGGCCCACGCCAUUGGACAGUGAAAUUCAUGGCUUCAUUGCUGUUGGAAAACGCCAACAUCAAGUGUUGUCGAGGCAUCACUGGCUUGGGAUCAAGCAUGCUAUGCUUGCUCCGGUGUUAUGUCCAUUGGGCGGAAGAGGUUGUCCCUGCAGAGUACUGCACAGUGGAAUUUGUCGGCACUGUGCAUCACAGUGUCAAAGCGCUGUUGGCCCUGAAAUGGCAAAAAGAAUCAGCUGCUUUGGCAAGGAGGUGCGUUCGCUACUACGAGGGUGUAUGGGGCCCCGAUGACACAGACACGGUGUUUUUGCAGAUGGUGUCUGCGAAGAUGAAGGAAGCGACAUCUUUCCUUGAAGAAUUUUCUUGGGAGACGCUUUUGCAAGAAAUCGCGGCUUCAUGCUUUACAGAUCACGAGGGUGGACGGGAUGACGGUCGAAUUGCGCGUGCCCGCAAAGAACUACACCACGCUUUGGAAAGUGGCUGUGAUCCGUUGUCAACAUAUCACAUGGCAAUGCCUUUGGAACCGGAAUGCCCCACGAGCUGA